AUGUUCGACUACAAGAAGUUGAUUGCGCUCGGUAUAUUCCUUUGCUAUUUAGAAACGAUAGCGUCAACUGAAGAUGUUUGUGUCAAAAAAGGACCAUGUUCAUGUGAGUUCUCCAAUGGUACCGGUAUUGAUUUAUCGCCAACUGCAACUGGAUUUGCUAUGACGCAGACUUAUGAAUUAAAGAAUGAUGGUUCGCAAUACUCUUUGAGCACAUAUUAUUAUCAUCCCUGUUAUGAUAUCCAGCUUAAAAUCAAUACGACCAAAGUUAUUGGCACCUGCGGAAAUCCUUUGUCGAUAUGUAGAUAUACAAGGAAUUUUGAUCUGCAAAAUGCAACGAAAGAUACAUUUAAAAUCGACGAUGGCAAUUAUGAGUUUAUGGGAAGUUCUAAUAUAACUCAGUUCGGUGCAGACGGAAAGUCUAUUAUAUACUUCAAUGGGCCUUCUUCAACUGUGGUUAUGUUGAUAUGUGCUCAGACGGACAAUAGAUUGCACAUAUAUUCCUUAGAAGAACCCGACAAAAUUGUUUUGGCAUUUUAUUCCAGAGACGCAUGUCUGAAACAGAUUGAAGAACUUGGUCCAUCGUUGGGUACAACUUUACUCAUAAUAUUAUUCUCAUUCGUAGCUUUAUAUCUAGCUUUAGGUAUUUGUACCAAGAAAUUCCUUAUGGGAGCUACCGGCAUUGAAGUCAUACCGAAUCUGUCAUUCUGGUCAGAUUUACCUAAUCUUGUCAGGGAUGGUUGGGCGUUCGCAUUGAAUGGAUUUAAGCUGCCCAGUCGCAGUCAAGGCCCUGUGACGUCACCGGACCCUAAUAGCUACGACAGCAUAUAA